GGAGGGAGGGAGAGAGAGAGAGAGAGAGAGAGAGAGAGAGAGAGCGAGCGAGGACACUACUACUGUGUUUUAUAUCGGCGAAGAAGAUAACCGAACCUUGCAAGUUGAAAGGGAAACUCCGACAUUCGGACGUCGAAGUGAGGCGAAUAUGGGUGACGUAACGGACAAGGGUCACGAUGCAACUGAAGGGGAAGGAGCCGACGGUGAGCAGAACGAGGGCGGACUUGUCAUUGACGGUGGUACUGAGUUGAGCAUUGUUCCAGUUGAAGAACGUAACUCAUUUGGAGAAGAAACUGCCGCUACUCAAAUUUCUGACGGGAUUGAGGAUGUUAAAAUGGCGGCGAGCCAAGGCAAUGAUACACUUUACAUCGGAAACAUUUGCAAACUUUGGACGAAGGAGCUGGUACUGGGAGCAUUGAAAAGCCACGGAGUUAAAAAUAUUGAGGACAUACUAUUGCCAGGUGAUACCAAGAAAGAAGGGAGGAUCAAAGGUUUUGCACUUCUGGAGUUCAACACCCACUCGGAUGCAACGGCAGCAUUGGAACGACUAACAAAGCCGGAUGUUGUUUUUGGCCUCGAUAGUAGUGCUAAUGUUGCUUUUGCACAAACACCGAUACAUCCUAAUCAAGAAGUUCUGUCACAGCUUAAGACUGUCUUUAUGGAAGGCCUGGCUGAUUCUUGGGAUCAAGAGAAAGUAAAUGGAAUUUGUAAACAGUAUGGUGAGAUUGUGAAAGUUAAGCUAUCUCGGAUUCUAGGUACCAAAGGCAAAAACUUUGGGUAUAUUACUUUCGUUUCUCGAGAAAGUGCCAUAGCUUGUGUAGACGGGAUCAAUAAUACUCGAAUUGGAGAAGGAGAAAUCAAGGUGAAGGCCAGCAUUGCACAGCCUCAUUCAAAGGGUCGGCUUGAAAAACGAGGUAAUAGAAAUCAAGUGGUUCAAACUACAAACAAAGAAACUGAAAUAGUAAACAAAGCUGGAUCUUCAGAGAUGAGAAGCGCUAAAAGAAAAGGGAAAAUUCUUUCUGAGACAGAAUUUGGUGGAGGAGGAAAGCCAAAUAAACAUGUUCGAACGCCGUCGAAGGUGGAAAGCGCAAAUCGCAAGGGAAACAACCAAAAUUUUAAUGCUGGGGGUAACGGCAAGAAAGGAUCCGAACAUGAUCGUAAUAGAAAUUCAUCAAAGAGACAACAAGGAAACAAGCAGACAAGGCAAAGUGAAAAUUUCAGGAAGCCAAAGAGAGAUCCUUACAUUAGAAAGGAGCUGGAUCAUGGAGCAGAUUUCAUCAUUUAUAAAGAUCGACAUGCACCAGGAUAUCCUGGAUCUACUCUUGGUCAUCAGAAUCAUGUGUACAACACCGUCUCUGGAUCUAAAAGGCCCUAUGCAGAUAUGGAGCCACAUGCUGGGUUUAUAGAUCCUGUUAAUCGGAAGCAUGGUCGAACUCAUCCAGAGUACCUUAAACCUCCUGUUGGAAUUCAGCAUCAACCUCGUUUAGGAUACCUUGAACAUGCUGUUGCGACACAUGGCCAACCUCGUAUAGCAAUCUCUGAACCUGAUUUUGGAUCUCAUGGCAGGCCUUAUGAAGUAUACCUUGAACCUGCUGUUCUGACACAAAGCCAACCCCGUAUACAAGUCCAUGAACCUGGUUUUGGAUAUCAUGGCAGGCCUCAUGAAAGAUACCUUGAACCUGCUGUUAGGAUGCACAGUCAUCAAUCUUAUGCAGGAUAUCUUGAGCCUACUGUGAGAAGGCAAGAUCAAUCUCAUGCUGGAUAUUAUGAAUCUGCUCUUGGAAAAGAUGGUUGCAAUUCAUAUGACCUUACCUUGAGAAGAGCUGGUGGUCAGGAUGGCCAUGGUGGUGGUCACUCUGCUUAUGGGGCAGGAUCUGCCCUUCCUCCUUCCUAUGUUCCAAAUUACACAAGCUACGCCCCUCAUGAGGGUGGUAGCACUGUUGGUGUAAAUUAUCAAGACAGUGGAGUGCGCCUAUAUCAGAGGGCAUACCAAUAAGAACUUACGAGAGCAAGACUGCAGGAGACAAAUUCCCUGCUGAGUUUUUGGUUGUCGUUAUCAAGGCAGUUGGAGCACACCCACUCCAGAAGGCACACUGCGGGAGACACCCACCCAAAAGGCUUACUGGAGUACUAGAGAUUCAUGCGCUUCGGAGUUAUCUACUCUUAGAUGAACAACCUAUCUGUGGGGCAUUUCUUUGUUUGUCUUCUGUUUAUAUAUUUGGGUUUGCUCUGGAGGCGUGGGUAGGCUUAUUCUAAGCAAUCGUGUACACGACUAUGUGCUAUACAAAAUUUCAGGUUGUACUCUUCGAUGACCAACCCAUUUAUGUCGUUACCUGAAAUAGGGUUCCUCAGGAGUUCGUUUCACUUUAAAUGCUAUACAAAAUUUCAAAUUUUAAUGAAAGUUUGAUGAAUUUGUUA